GCCGGGCCUAUGAGGGGAUCUCUGCGGCCCUGCUGAGGGUGGGAUGUGGAGGACGGCCUUAGGGGUGCUCUCGUCGUGGAUUUAGCUCGCUGGGCUCUUUUUUUCGUCUUAGAACUGCUGUGAGAAAUGUCCCAGCGGAAGCGCAGCAAAGGGCUCGGCUGCUCUCAGCUUUCCACUCAGGUGACCGAUGGGGAGGAUGAUACAAUCCCAACCCAGGUGGAGCGGCGCUCCCAGGACCAGGUGAACCAGAAGGUGAGUGAGCUGGUUCAGUUCCUGCUUGUGAGGGACCAGAAGAAGAUUCCUGUCAAGAAGGCAGAUAUGCUGAAGAAUAUAAUCCGGGAAUACAGGGAUGCCUACUGGGAAAUCCUCAACAAGGCGGGCAAGACCCUGCAAGAGGUGUUCGGGCUGCAGCUGGUGGAGAUCGACACCAAGCGCCACAUCUGCAUCCUCAUCAAUAACCUGCCCCGUGCUGAGGGCCAGUACCUCUGCAGGGAGAAAGAGAAGGAGAAGAUGGGGCUCCUCUUAGUCAUCCUCAGCUUCAUCUUCAUGAAGGGCAACUCAGUCAAAGACAGUGCUUUGUGGGAAUUCCUGCAUCUGCUCCGUGUGUACCCAGGGAAGCAGCACAGCGUGUUCGGGGAUGUUCGGAAGCUGGUGACAGAGGAGUUUGUACGGCAGAAGUAUCUGGAGACCACCCCCAUCCCUCUGACGGACCCCCCUGAAUUCAAGUACCAGUGGGGGCCACGGGCAGAAAAGGAGACAUCCAAGAAGGAUGUGCUGAACUUCGUGGCAAAGAUACAAGGCAAGGACCCCACGUUCUGGGCGAGCCAGUACAGCGAGGCCGAGGCCACGCCCUGACGCCCCAAAAUAAAGACACCCCGUUGGUGUGCAGCCCCCUGAUUUGCAGGCUCAGUGC